AUGGAAAGGUCACGGCUACGGAGAUUGAGAGAAAAUAUUAUAGCCGGUUUACGGAAGGCCUCCCGAUAUGGCACUCAUUGGUAUAGUAGACAGCUGCUAGCCACCAAGAUAGCUGCCAUGAUGAUGGUAAUGGUCGUGUCAAUUAUGGCAAUUGUGAUAAUAGCAAACUAUGAAACCUUUAUGGCUAUGCUUGUUACUCUUUCCAAAGAAAUUCGUGAGUCCAAGUAUGGAGAAUUCAUUAUAUUUGGGUUGAUUAUUGUAUGCUCUUUCCCUCCAAUAAUCGGACUUUCAACACUUUGCAGUAUUACAGGCAUGGCUUAUGGGAUGUCUUUUAAAGGCUGGUUUAUUGUUGCCUCGGGGACUGCUGUUGGAUCUACGUUGUCAUUUUUGCUAUUCAAAUAUUUGUUAUCUAAGAGGGCUCAGAAAUUCCUUGAUUCUUCCAAGUUGUUCUUAGCAUUUGCAACAGUAUUGGGCCAAGACAAAGAUAAGUUUCUAAUAUUGUGUCUCCUACAAUUAUGCCCUAGACCUUAUUCAAUAACAAAUGCCGCUUUUGCUGCUAUCCCCCAGCUUGACGCUUUAAGCUUUCUCCUUUCAGGGCUAAUAGCUUCACCAAAGUAUUUGAUAAUGAUUUUUGUUGGUUACAAGAUGGAACAUAUUGGGCAAAAUAAAGAUUUUAAAACUAGAUUGAUUGAUUUCAUAAUUAUUUUUUUGACCAAUACCAUUGCCUUCGCUACCAGUUGGUUGAUCUACAAAAAAACUAGGGAAAAGUUGGCAGCCCUUGGAGGGGACAUCUCUGAUGAAGACGACGAAGAUGGUCUUCCUUUGGUGAGUAGUUUGAACACAAAUGGUGAAUAUGAGGAGUUUGAAGUUUAG